AUGCUGAAGAAGCUGGAGUUGAUUGAUUGUGCUGUUCUGUUCACCACAACCAGCUCCUGCGAGAUCACCUCAGCGAGUGUGGAGAAGCCGGCCCCAGCCCUGGCAUUGACAGAAGCCACUGGUCCCCUCCCACAGCCACAGCCACAAGGGCAGAAGGGGAAGAAGGCGCCUCGACCUCCAAAGAAAAAGUAUCAGAAGGCAGGAUUGUACUCUGAUGUCUACAAAGUUGCUGACCCAAAGAGUCGUUUGAUCUUGGUGAAGAAGGAGAAGCUGGAGUACAUCCCGGGAGAGCAUGACUAUGGCCUGCUCCCUGCUCCCAUGCAUGUUGGUAAAUACUUGAGGCAAAAACGAAUAGACUUUCAGUUGCCAUACGACAUUCUCUGGCAGUGGAAACAUAAUCAGCUGUACAAAAAGCCUGACGUUCCUCUGUACAAGAAGAUCCGAUCCA